GCCUAUGUCGCUGAAGCACGCACAAUCAUGAGAUCACUAGCGUUUCUCGGCCUCGCACUACUCUGUUACACAACGUUGGCUCAAGGGCCUCCAGGAGGACCAGGUGGCGGGGGACCCGAUGGACGUCCGGGUGACCCAAAUGAUAUAGCCGGUAGCGGCUGGGGAGAUGAAGUGCUUCAAGGAGGAUGGAGCGACCGUAAGCCAGGUGGUGGUCCUCAACCUGAAAACGGUGGCGGUGAUUGGGGAGAGGAUGACCGCGGAAAAGCACGAGCACCACCCAGAGGAGGACAAGGCGGUCCUGGCGGUGGCUGGGAAGGAGCAGGAGGUCCAGGCGGAAGCGCCGGAGGACGAGGAGGACCCGGCGGAGGCUGGGAAGGAGCAGGAGGAGGCCCAGGCGGAGGCGCCGGAGGACGAGGAGGACCCGACGGUGGCUGGGAAGGAGGCUCAGGCGGAAGCGGAGGAGGACGAGGCGGCCCAGGCGGGAGAGGAGGCCCGGGUGGUGGUGCUGGCGGCGGCUGGGGAGCGGCGGCUGGGGUGGACCAGGCGGCCGAGGCGGCGGCGGCGGAUGGGGAGGACCAGGAGGCUGGGGUGGACGUGGCGGUCGCGGUGGAAGCGGCUGGAAUGGAUACGGCGGUUGGGGUGGAUCAGGCGCCUGGGGAGGUCGACCAUGGUGGAAUCGAGCAGGUGGCUUUUGAGGCACCAAUGAAUACAAGGACGAUAUCGGUGACAAUUUAUCAAAGUGAUAAUGAAUCAAUAAAAUACGGGAAUAAAAUUUUACAUCAUAACAUUUUCCUCAUCAGUAUGAUAUCACAGUCAGAACAAUGUCGCAGUUGCAUAAAGAAACAAGCUUGGAUGUCAAGAAUUAAUAAGUGA